AUGACCUCGAGCUACAGUCCAACUCCUUCCUUUCAUAACGCCGCUGCAUACCUCUCCUCUGCGCCGUCACUUAACGCGGUUGGGAACACGACUAAGCUAGAGCUGUACGCGAUCUUCAAAUAUCUGACGGUGUCCCCGGCGCCGACUACCGCACGGCCGUCGCUCUUCGACUUCACCGGGCGCGCGAAGUGGGACGCGUGGAAGUCAGCCGAGGGGACGUACAAAGACGGUGCCGCGGCGGAGGCGCGCUACCUGGAGAUCGCCCGCUCGCUGGGAUGGAGCGAAGGCACGGUGAUCGAAGCGGCGGAGAGCGGCGGGACGGAGGAGGAGGAGGACGUGGUGGACUCGGACGACAUCUGGGACAAGGAGGAGGACGUCUGGAAGCACAGGGGCGAGGGCAGCGCGAUGGGACGCGUGACGAGCACGAUGGUCAACGAGGAUGAGGACGGCGAGAACACUCCUAGCAGGAUGGCUAUUGCGGGGGAUGUGGACGGCGGACCCGACGCGGACUUGAACGCGUUAGACAAGAAUGGAUACACACCGCUGCACUUGGCUGCAGACCGCGGUCAUAUUGAGGUCGUGAAAUUCAUGCUAGCUCGAGGAGCCGACCGCGAUUUGAAGGACGAAGACGAGUAUACUGCGAAAGAGCUGGCGGAAAUAGCAGGGUACGGUGAUAUUGUAAGCUUGCUGUCUGAGACACAGAAUGUACCGUCAUGA